AAAAAAAUUGAACAAUUUUGAGAAAAUAUUGAUUUUAGUUCAAUGAUCUUCACAAUUUGGUGCAGAAACCACAUAUUUUAUCAAUUAAAAUGUUGAAUAUCAUCACUUUGACACGCGAUUCCAGCCGUGUAAAUUGUGUCUAUUCCGAGAUUCAAUAGUGUUGACAUUCGACAUUGGUUGAGUGAAAAUAGUUUCGUGCCCGAUUGAAGCAGACGGCACUGUCACUUGAUAUAACUUUUGAUAGGUACGUUCGUGGCCAUCUUAGUUCUUUUCGCUGUAACCACGUUCUUUGAAAGAAGUACAUUACAAUCAUGGCUUUGCCAAUUUCCAAAAAACGAAAGUUCGUCUUGAACGGUAUUUUCAAAGCCGAAUUGAACGAGUUCUUGACUCGUCAAUUGGCCGAAGAUGGUUACUCCGGUGUUGAAAUCCGUGUGACACCAACACGCACAGAAAUUAUCAUUAUGGCAACCAAAACAUUGAAUGUUUUGGGAGAGAAGGGACGCCGUAUCCGUGAACUUACUGCUGUUGUUCAAAAGAGAUUCGGUUUUGCUCCAGGCACCGUUGAAUUGUACGCCGAAAAGGUCGCCACACGUGGUUUGUGCGCUAUCGCUCAAGCCGAAUCUUUGCGUUACAAAUUGACCGGUGGAUUGGCCGUGCGUCGUGCCUGUUACGGUGUAUUGCGUUUCAUCAUGGAAUCGGGCGCCAAAGGCUGUGAAGUCGUUGUGUCCGGUAAAUUGCGUGGUCAACGUGCCAAAUCAAUGAAAUUCACCGAAGGUUUGAUGAUCCACUCCGGUGAUCCAUGCAACGUUUACGUUGACACAGCCACACGUCACGUAUUGCUUCGUCAAGGUGUGCUUGGUAUCAAGGUUAAGAUCAUGUUGCCAUACGAUCCAAAUGGCAAGAGCGGUCCAAAGAAACCAUUGCCAGACAAUGUCACCGUCAUCGAACCAAAAGAAGAAGUUAUCUACGAACAACCAGAAACUGAAUACAAAAUCCCAGUCCGAGAGGCUGCUGGUGUUGAUGUUGGUGUACACGAUCAAGUUGAAUAAGUUUUAAAUGCGAAGACCACCGUUUCCUCCCGGUUAUACCAUUUAAUUCAUAUUGUCUAAAUGUACUACAUUCAAUUUGCGUGUAUAAUUUUAUAUUAUGGAAAUAUAAAAAAAAUCACAAAUGCCGUGAAUGAAAAAUAAAGCAGAAGAAAAAAAUCCACAAAA